CAUAUUGAAACUUGUCUUUGCUGCUUGGAAACUACUCUUAGACCUUGUCUCUCUCCAAUUCUCGAUUCUCGAUCCUCUCUACAAAGCAAGCAAGCUCAAUUAUAGACGACGACGAAAAUUUAUUGUUAUCACAUUAUUUAUCCUUCGCCACAUACAUAGACACCACACGAUCUCUUCUCUGUGAGAAGAAGGAAGAAGGAAAAUAUCCCGACGACUAUAACUUCCUGUCACGUAGGACAACAGCACACGACAUACAUAUAUAUCCCCCCCAAUUCUCACCACACCUCGACCCAACAGCCGCCACUUGAUCCUCAUCUCUCUCACCACGUCGAAUCCUCUCGUCUCGUCUCUUCAAUCUUGGUAGCAAAAGCCUGCCAGCACCGCCACCUCGAACACUUCACACCCCACGCGCCCGUCCUCUCGGAGGGCUUCGCGUGCAGACAUGUCGUACACCGGCAUUGGACCCCCCGUGCCCUUCAACGGGACUGAAGGCGAUGGAGGAGAUAGCACAACGACAAACCUAAACCAAUGGUACCAAUCCGGCGACCAAGCCUUCAUCCUCGUCGCCUGCUGCAUGGUCCUGCUCAUGAUCCCCGGGCUCGGCUUCCUCUACUCCGGGCUCGCGCGUCGCAAGUCCGCGUUGUCCAUGAUCUGGGCCUGUAUGGGCAGUUUCUCGGUGAUUGUGUUUCAGUGGUAUUUCUGGGGAUACUCGCUUGCGUUCAGUCAGUCGGCGACGAAUGGGUUUAUUGGUGAUCUGAGGCAUUUUGGGUUGAUGAAGACGCUGGGGGCGCCGUCGCCAGGGAGUCCGUUGAUUCCGGAGUUGUUGUUUUCUUUCUACCAAAUGAUGUUCUGCGCCGUCACCGCCGCUAUCGUCAUGGGCGCCGUCGCCGAACGCGGCCGCCUCAUCCCCGCCAUGGUCUUCACCUUCUGGUGGGCCACCCUCGUCUACUGCCCCAUAACCUGCUGGAUCUGGAACUCCAACGGCUGGGCCUUCAAAUACGGCGUCCUCGACUACGCCGGCGGCGGUCCCGUCGAGAUCGCCUCCGGUUGCUCGGCUCUGGCUUACAGUAUGGUCCUCGGAAAGCGUCAGGAGAAGAUGAUGCUUAACUUUCGCCCGCAUAAUGUGAGCUUGAUUACCCUGGGCACGGUGUUGCUGUGGUUUGGAUGGUUGGGGUUUAAUGGCGGGAGCGCGUUUGGUGCGAAUUUGAGGGCCGUGAUGGCGUGUUGGAACUCGUGUUUGACAGCUAUGGUGGCGGCUGCUACGUGGUGUCUGCUUGAUUUCCGCCUCGCGAGGAAGUGGUCGAUGGUUGGGUGGUGUUCGGGAUGCAUUUCUGGACUUGUCGCUGCUACGCCUGCUUCGGGAUUUAUUCCCCUCUGGGCUUCUGUUCUUCUCGGCGUUGUGACGGGCGUGGUUGCUAACUUUGCUACGAAGAUCAAAUUCUGGAUCCAAAUAGACGACUCCAUGGACGUCUUCGCCGAGCACGGCAUCGCCGGCGUCGUCGGCCUCCUCUUCAACGCCCUCUUCGCAACACCCACCAUCAUCGGCCUCGACGGCGUCAACACCGGCGUCCUCACCGGCGGCUGGCUGGUCCACAACUACCGCCAACUCUACAUCCAAGUCGCAUACAUCCUUGCUUGCGGCACCUACGCUUUCCUCAUGUCCGCCAUCCUCGCUUACACCAUCAACUUCGUCCCGGGAUUGAAAUUGCGCGCCGAUGAAGCAGCGGAGUUGCUUGGCAUGGACGACGAUCAGUUGGGUGAAUUCGCAUACGAUUACGUCGAAGUCCGCCGUGAUUACCUGGCCUGGACACCCGCCAAAGAGGGAAUGAGCCAGGUGGAAGAACGUAUCGAACCUUCCGACCUCCAUGGGAUCCGCGAGCAUGGCGAGAUGGCGAGUUUGUCGGGGAUGGGUAUGGAUGGCUCUAGUCGACGGGGGAGUGAGGGUGGUGGUGUGGGGGGGAUGACGAGGGGGAGCGCGAGUUCGGGGGUUGGGACGCAGGGGACGCUUGUGGGGGGACGGCUGGGGGGGGUGGAGGAGGGUGUUGCGGUGGGGGCGGGGGGGGAGAUGAGUGAGAAGGUUGAUCUUGGGAAUGGGACGGAGAGUGAGAGGAGUGGAAGCAGAGAAGGGGAGGUUGAGGGGAGGAGGAGUGGGUAGAUGACUCGAUCUGCCGCCGAGGAGGGGUUGUACAUUUUUCUGUGCGAGUACGGACGGGCGUCUUCGAUCUUUUUUUCAGCGGGUGUUCUUUCUAUCAUCGCCAUCAUCAUCAUCAUCAUCAUCAUCAUCGUCCGCCAUCUACGCAAAACAUUUCCUGGCAUUUUUUAUCAUUUUCAUCGGACCGGUUGGGGAGCAUGUUUGGGGGAUUGGUUGCACAUAUAUAUCCUGGGU